CGAUUUUACUUUGAAGCAAAAUUGCGGGAAGUUGCUCACAAUGACGCCUCGACAGUGGAUAUUCUUGGCUUUACUGUGCUUGAGCUGUCAGCAGAUCCUGGCCAAGAGUUACACCAGCGAAUACCUGGAUCUUCUCGACUUGAACGACAAUGACGAGUUCCAGUGGGGCGCAGCGGAGAAUCAGUUGAACAGCAAUCAAAGUGAAUUGAAUUUUCUAUCACGACAUCGCCUCCAGAAGCGACAGGCACCUGGUGAUGACAGUGUGGGGAGCUCUGGCUCCCAGUUGCUGGAGAACAAGGACUACGGUCCUUGCAGCACACCGCUGGGCGAAACGGGACGCUGCCGCCACAUCAUCUAUUGUCGCAUGCCGGAGCUCAAGAACGAUGUGUGGCGUCUGGUCUCCCAGUUGUGCAUCAUUGAAAAAAGUUCCAUUGGCAUUUGUUGCACUGAGCAGGCGAGCAGUUCCGGCUUAAGUCCUCAGAUUAUUACCAACCCCGACAAGGAGGAGCCCCGAAUUGUAAAUCGACCGGAGCAGCGGGGCUGUGGCAUCACCACAAGGCAGUUUCCCAGGCUGACGGGUGGACGUCCAGCCGAGCCAGACGAGUGGCCCUGGAUGGCGGCCCUGCUCAUCGAGGGCCAGCCCUUUGUGUGGUGCGGCGGAGUACUCAUAACCGAUCGCCACGUCCUGACCGCCGCCCAUUGCGUAUACAGGAAGAAGAAAGAGCAAUUAUUCGUGAGACUGGGCGAGUACAACACUCACCAGUUGAAUGAGACGCGCGCCAGGGAUUUCCGCAUUGCCAAUAUGGUCAUCCACAUCGAUUACAAUCCGCUGACCUACGCGAAUGACAUUGCGCUCAUCAGGAUCGACAGGGCCACGCUGUUCAACACGUACAUCUGGCCGAUAUGCAUGCCGCCAGUCAGCGAGAACUGGGCCGGACGCAGUGCCAUUGUCACGGGCUGGGGUACACAGAAGCUGGGUGGGCCCCACUCCAACAUCCUCAUGGAGGUCAGUCUGCCCGUAUGGAAGCAGUCGGAUUGCCGGGCUGCCAUGACUGAAGGCAUUUCGGAUACAGUACUUUGUGCCGGUCAGCCGGAGGGUGGUCAGGACUCGUGUCAGGGCGACAGCGGCGGACCGCUGCUGGUGCAGCUGCCCAACCAGCGCUGGGUCACCAUCGGCAUUGUGUCGUGGGGCAACGGCUGUGGCGAGCCUCGUCGUCCUGGUGUCUACACGCGCGUCGAUCGCUACCUCGACUGGAUCCUCUCGAAUGCGGAUGUAUAGAUGCGAUGCGAUGCAAUUCAUGUACAUGGCUUAGAUUUAGCAAAUGCUUUUGUAUUUUCUACAUACACUAAUUAACCUGAUAUCAAUGUCAAUACAUCGAUGCAACCCCCAACCCCCAA